GCUUUUACAUUAGUCACAUAAUAGCGAGGUUAAUAAGAUUUUACCUCCAUAAAAUCGGUUAAAGCGUUUUUUUUUUUUGCAUUCGCAUCUAUACUCGCAAUGGGCCAGUGGUUAGCAUCUGCCUUCAGUUCCUUAAUGGGGAAACAGGAGGUCCGCAUCUUGAUGGUUGGUCUGGAUGCGGCGGGAAAGACCACGAUACUUUACAAGCUCAAGCUCGGUGAGGUCGUGACGACGAUUCCCACGAUCGGCUUCAACGUUGAAACGGUCGAGUACAAGAAUCUUAAGUUCACCAUGUGGGAUGUCGGUGGCCAGGAUAAACUGCGCCGACUUUGGCAUUAUUACUAUCAGAACUCUAAUGGCAUCAUCUUUGUUGUAGACAGCAACGAUCGUGAGCGUAUUGGAGCGGCGAGGAGAGAACUAGAGAAGAUGCUAAUGGAGGACGAGCUUCGUAAUGCUGUUCUGCUUGUUUUUGCCAACAAGCAAGAUUUGCCUAACGCCAUGAGCACAACUGAGGUAACUGAGAAGCUCGGGUUGCAUGCGCUUCGUCAGAGAAAUUGGUACAUCCAGGGCUGCUGUGCGACGACUGCACAAGGACUGUACGAGGGUCUUGAUUGGCUUUCGGUAAAUAUUCGCAAGGCAAUGAAGUAG